GCCAAGUACCAAGACUCCUCCGUCGUCCCCGCCAUCCUCAAGACAAAAUGCCUCGGGCCCCGCGGAACCACAGCAAGACUUACAAGGUCCCCCGUCGCCCGUUCGAGUCGGCUCGUCUCGACUCCGAGCUGAAGCUCGCCGGCGAGUACGGUCUCCGCAACAAGCGCGAGAUUUGGCGCAUUGGCCUCAUUCUUUCCAAGAUUCGUCGCGCGGCCCGUGAGCUGCUCAAGCUCGAUGACAAGGACCCUAAGCGUCUUUUCGAGGGUAACGCCCUCAUUCGCCGUCUCGUCCGCAUCGGUGUGCUCGAUGAAUCCCGCAUGCGUCUCGAUUACGUGCUGUCCCUGAAGAUUGAGGACUUCUUGGAGCGCCGUCUCCAGACUCAGGUCUUCAAGAGCGGUUUGGCGAAGUCAAUCCAUCACGCUCGUGUCCUCAUUCGCCAAAGGCACAUUCGUGUCGGCAAGCAGAUCGUCAAUGUUCCCUCCUUCGUCGUCCGUCUCGAGUCCCAAAAGCACAUCGACUUCGCCCUCACUUCGCCAUACGGAGGAGGCCGCCCCGGUCGUGUCAAGCGCAAGCGCCAGGCUGCUGCUGCGAAGAAGGAGGAGGGCGGCGACGAAGAAGACGAGGAGUAAACGGGUGCUCGCCACCAUCUAUCACGUAUGUUCAGUAUCUCAUGUGGGUCUACCCUUGUAUGGCUACGUAUGCAACAGUGUAUGCGUUUCGCAGACUCCGAGUGUACUUGUUCCAUUCGUGUGAUCAGCGCAACAUCCUGCGCGACAU